CCACGAUCACAUGUACCAACAGACUGAAGGGCAAGCAGGAGUAAACCAACAGGCAACAUGAGAUCAUUAAUGUGGGGAUUGGUCUGUCUCAUUGUCCUCCUGGCCCAGGGAAUCCAGGGGUCACAAUUAAGGUCACGCCACCGACAGACCCUCCCAGGCAGUCCUCUUCUUCCCAAGGUUUCGCCACAGGUGUCUCCAAGAGUCAAUGGCAGCUUUGAAGACCUCAGAUCUACUGAACAAGUCUCUGAUGAAGUACGAAGCGCUGAAGUUUUGAGUAACCCACAGCAGGACGAGCGGGCUGAAACAAGCAACUACUUAACACAGGACAGACGGAAUCUACUUUCAGCAAUCACCGGAUCAAACUGCAGGAAUCGUCCAAUCGACCUGGUUUUUGUCAUUGACAGCUCCCGCAGUGUGCGGCCCGCUGAGUUUGAAAAGGCCAAGGAGUUCCUUAUAGACAUGGUGGACACCCUGGAGAUCGGCUCAGAUGCCACCCGUGUGGGCCUCGUCAAUUAUGCCAGCACAGUGAAAAUCGAGUUUCACCUGAAGACCUAUUUUGACAAGUAUGCCCUAAGGCAAGCCCUGGCCCGCGUGCAGCCUCUAGCUUCAGGCACCAUGACAGGCGUCGCCAUUAAGGCCGCUAUGGACAAAGCGUUUGUUGCAGAGGCCGGAGCACGACCCAGCUCCAUGAACAUCGCCAAGGUAGCCAUCAUAGUGACUGAUGGGAGACCCCAGGACCAAGUGGAAGAGGUAUCUGCAGCAGCUCGGGCAUCCGGCAUUGAGAUCUACGCAGUGGGAGUAGACAGAGCAGACUUGAUGUCCCUCCGCCUCAUGGCCAGCCAGCCUUUGGAAGAUCACGUCUUCUAUGUGGAGACAUAUGGGGUCAUUGAGAAGCUCACUGCCAAAUUUAGGGAAACUUUAUGUGGUUUGGAUGCGUGUGCUCAAGGACACAACUGCCAGCAAGUUUGUGUUAACAAUGGUAACUCCUACUACUGUCAGUGCUGGGCUGGCUAUGUCUUGAACCCCGACAAGAGGACAUGCUCACGUCGAGAUGCAUGUGCCCAGGGACAUGAAUGCCAACAAAUGUGUGUUAAUAGUGGUGAAUCUUACGUAUGCAAAUGUGGAGUAGGAUAUGUCCUGAAUGCAGAUAAAAAAACAUGCUCACGUGUAGAUGCAUGUGCCAAUGGACAUGAGUGCCAACAUAUUUGUAUUGACAACGGAGACUCUUACAUCUGCAAAUGUCAUCCAGGGUUUACAUUGAACCCAGAUAAGAAAACAUGUUCACGGAUAAUAGCUGAUGCAUGUGCCAGGGGAAAUGAAUGCCAGCAUAUCUGUGUCAACAAUGGAAACUCCUAUUACUGCAGAUGUCAAGUGGGAUACGUACUAAACGUGGAUCAAAAAACAUGCUCACGUGCGGAUGCAUGUGCUCUUGGACACAACUGUCAGCAUACUUGUGUCAACAGCGGUGAUUCAUACAUUUGCAGGUGUCGAGCGGGAUAUAUUUUGAAUGCAGACCAGAGAACAUGCUCACGUGUGGAUGCAUGUGCUCUUGGACACAAUUGUCAGCAUAUUUGUGUCAACAGCGGUGAUUCGUACAUUUGCAAGUGUCGAACGGGAUAUAUUUUGAAUGCAGAUCGGAGAACAUGCUCAGUUGUGGAUGCAUGUGCUCUUGGACAAAGCUGUCAGCAUACCUGCGUCAAUAGCGGUGACUCGUACAUUUGCAAGUGUCGAACGGGAUAUGUUUUGAAUGCAGAUCAAAGAACAUGCUCACGUGAGGAUGCAUGCGCCCUUGGACACAACUGCCAGCAUACUUGCGUCAACAGCGGUGAUUCGUACAUUUGCAAGUGUCGAAGUGGAUAUAUUUUGAAUGCAGAUCAAAGAACAUGCUCACUUACGGACAUGUGAGCGGUUUCCUUGUGGCCAUGACGGCUGUGUCCAACGACCGGCUUAAAUAAACCUCAUUGUCCUUUAUGGAACCAUUUAACACUUAUGAAUGGACUCCGUUCCUUUUGGUUGGAUGCUUUUUUAAAUUUAGGAAUGAGUCAAUCAUUCUUUUCGUUGUUGCAAUGACCAUAUUUCUUACACAUCUGGCUCACUGAGCAUAUUGAUCAUAUUAAGCAAUCAUUUUGUAGACAAGUUGAUCAACGUGUAUUUCCAAGUAUAUUUCUAAUCUAAUGUAAAAAAAAAUUAUUGUCUCACCCAAAUUAAUCAUUAAUAUGAUUUUUAACACAUGCACAAAUUGAAGAUCAUACUGUCACUCUAUAUGUUUUACAUGCAGGCUUCAAAUGAACAUUGUUGUCAUGUUCUACUGCAGGGGUUCCCAAACUUUUUGUCUCAAGGGCCACAUAUAUGAAUAUAUAUUGUUGCCUUGUACCCCUCGUAUUUCCCCACUAGUUACUCCUCCUUAUUCUUUUUUCCUUCUUCUUAAUAUUCCCUCCUUCUCUAGUCCGGCUGCGCCUGACAUUAAAUAUAUACCCAAACAUUUAAUAAAGUCAAAUACAAUUUUUUAAAGUCAAUCUUUACAGCAGAUAUGGGAAUCUACACCAACAAUAUGAUUUGCCUGACCAGCUGGACAGGACAGAUUUUUAAAAAACAUAACAUUGGAAUGUCCCAUGCACCGGAUUGUGGAUGUUGGCGGGCAGAUUUGUAGUUUGGGGACCACUCUACUGCAUUGAGUAUAUGAUAUAACAUAUUUUCCCCUCAU